AUGGAUCAAGCACAGUACGAUGCGAUUAAGGACAACUGGGGGGAGGUGGAAGAUCGGGAUGGGGUCAGACUCAGUUGGAACAUUAUCCCUUCAUCACGCAUGGAGGCCAAUAGGUUGGUAGUACCGGUGAGUUGUCUGCUCACACCUCUCAAAGAACUGAACAAGCCGCUCCUGACCUACGAACCUGUUACUUGCAAACCCCCUUGUCGAGCAGUACUCAACCCGUUCGCGAAUGUGGAUGUCCGAGCCAAAUUGUGGAUCUGUCCAUUCUGUCUACAAAGAAAUCAACUUCCUCGUCACUAUGGAGACAUCAGUGCAGAAAAUGUCCCUCCGGAAAUGCACAGCUUGAACACGACAGUCGAAUAUCAGCUCGCGCGACCUGCACCUGCACCCCCGAUCUUCGUCUAUGUCGUUGACACCGCGAUUGAGGAGGAUAGCUUGCAAGCGUUGAAGGAGACUUUGGUGAUGAGUCUCUCAUUACUUCCUGCCAAUGCUCUGGUUGGAUUGGUCACCUUCGGAACAAAUGUGGCAGUGCAUGAGAUUGGGUAUACAGAAUGCCAAAAGUCAUAUGUGUUCCGAGGUAGCAAAGACUACGCAGCGAAACAGGUCCAGGAGAUGCUUGGACUCUCUGCUCCCGGACUGCGACCUAAUAUUCCCCCUCAGCAAGGACGGCCGCCUCCGCCCAUGGGCCCUGCCGCCCGAUUCCUGCUUCCUGUUCAGCAAGCCGAGUUCCAGAUCACCAAUGCGAUUGAGCAACUACAAAAGGAUCCAUGGCCCGUUGCCAAUGACCAUCGACCACUCAGAUGUACGGGCGUGGCGAUGAGCGUUGCUGUUGGAUUAUUGGAGACUUCAUUCCAGAAUGCAGGGGCCAGAAUCAUGCUUUUUGCCGGUGGCCCCGCCACAGAAGGUCCCGGCCUUGUCGUUGCCCCUGAACUUCGUGAGCCCAUUCGGUCUCAUCACGAUAUCGAUCGUGAUAAUGUCAAAUACUUCAAGAAGGCAAUCAAGUUCUACGAUAAUCUCGCCAAGCGGACCGCCCACAACGGACACAUCAUUGAUCUCUACGUCGGCUGCCUCGAUCAAGUUGGUCUGCUCGAGAUGAAAGGACUGGCUAACUCAACCGGAGGUCAUAUGGUUUUGACGGAUAGCUUUACCUCGUCUCAAUUCAAGCAAUCGUUUGUUCGAGUCUUUGAUAAGGACGAAAAUGACAAUCUUCUCAUGGGUUUUAAUGCCUCCCUGGAGGUAGUCACGACAAAGGAGCUCAAGGUCACUGGUCUCAUUGGCCAUGCUGUUUCACAGAACAAGAAAUCCAGCUCUGUUGGCGAGACGGAAUGUGGCAUUGGAAACACCUCUCUGUGGAAGAUGUGUGGCAUUGACCCCACCUCUAGUUACGGCAUCUACUUUGAAGUUGCAAAUCAAGGUGGCCCGACACCGAUGCAACAAGGCCCUCAACGAGGCAUGAUGCAGUUUCUGACAUACUACCAGCAUUCCUCUGGUCAAUACCAUCUCCGAGUCACGACUGUGGCACGGAAUUUGAGCGGCCCAGCUGGCGACCCCGCGUUGGCACAAUCUUUCGAUCAAGAGGCAGCCGCUGUCUUGAUGGCGAGGAUUGCGGUCUUCAAGGCAGAGGUCGACGAUGGACCAGAUGUUUUACGAUGGGUCGACAGAAUGCUUAUUCGGCUCUGCUCACGCUUUGCGGACUAUCGUAAAGACGAUCCAACCUCCUUCCGAUUGGACAAGAAUUUCACCUUGUACCCUCAAUUCAUGUUCCAUCUGCGCAGAUCGCAAUUCCUCCAAGUGUUCAACAACUCUCCUGACGAAACCGCAUUCUAUCGACAUGUUCUCAAUCACGAAUACGUGGGUGAUUCACUGAUCAUGAUUCAACCCACUUUGGAUUCGUACAGUCUUGAACAUGAGGGGGGUCAACCGGUGUUACUAGACUCUGCUUCUAUCCAACCACAGACAAUUCUUCUUCUCGACACCUUCUUCCAAAUCCUUAUUUUCCAUGGUGAAACAAUGGCAGAAUGGCGAAAAGCGGGUUACCAAGAUCAAGAAGGUUACGAGAAUUUUCGUGCUGUGCUGGAUGCUCCUAAGGAAGAUGCUCGUGAAUUGGUCCAAGACCGAUUUCCUCUGCCGAGAUUCAUCAUCUGCGAUGCUGGAGGCUCACAGGCUCGUUUCCUCUUGUCGAAGUUGAAUCCUUCGACAACACAUGCCACUGGUGGCUAUGGAGGUGUUUCCCAGACCGCUCAAACGAUUUUCACCGACGAUGUGUCAUUGCAAACUUUCAUGGACCACCUCAUGAAGUAA